GUCACGUGAGGCGCGGGCCCGGUUGCCAUGGCGAGCGCGGCGCUGAGGCCGCUGUGCCUCUGCUGGCUCCUGGGCCCCGCCGCCGCCGCCACCCCAAACAUCCUCCUCCUCCUCAUGGACGACAUGGGCUGGGGGGAUUUGGGAGUUUUCGGAGAGCCUUCUAAGGAAACUCCUAACCUAGACCAGAUGGCUGCAGAAGGGAUGCUUUUCCUGGAUUUCUACACUGCCAACCCCCUCUGCUCUCCCUCAAGGGCAGCACUGCUGACGGGCCGGCUCCCGGUCAGGAAUGGYUUUUACACCACAAAUGGACACGCCAGGAACGCGUACACUCCACAGGAUAUAGUAGGAGGAAUCCCAGAUUCUGAAUUACUGCUUCCAGAGCUCCUGAAGAAAGCUGGUUACAUCAAUAAGAUCAUUGGCAAAUGGCACUUGGGGCACCGGCCCCAGUUCCACCCCCUGAAGCACGGCUUUGAUGAGUGGUUUGGAUCCCCAAACUGCCAUUUUGGGCCCUAUGAUAACACAGAGCGCCCCAACAUCCCUGUGUACAGGGACUGGGAGAUGAUUGGCAGAUACUAUGAAGAUUUCAAAAUUGAUCUGAAGACAGGUGAAGCCAACUUGACUCAGCUCUACCUGCAGGAAGCUCUGGAUUUUAUUAGCAAGCAGCAGGCCAGCCAGCAACCAUUCUUCUUAUACUGGGCAAUUGAUGCCACCCACGCUCCUGUUUAUGCCUCCAAACAGUUCCUGGGCACGAGUCAGAGAGGGCUGUAUGGGGAUGCUGUGAGRGAAAUCGAUGACAGCAUUGGGAAGAUCCUGAAGCACCUGCAGCAGCUGGGCAUCAGCCAGAACACCUUUGUGUUUUUCACCUCUGAUAACGGGGCUGCCCUCAUUUCAGCUCCCAAACAAGGAGGAAGCAAUGGKCCUUUCCUGUGUGGCAAACAAACCACCUUCGAGGGUGGCAUGAGGGAGCCAGCCAUUGCCUGGUGGCCCGGCCACAUCCCUGCAGGAGGGGUCAGCCAUCAGCUGGGCAGUGUGAUGGAUCUGUUCACCACCAGCCUCUCCCUGGCGGGUCUGCAGCCUCCCAGUGACAGACAGAUUGAUGGCAUCGACCUUUUACCUGUCAUCCUGCAGGGCAAGCUAAUUGACAGGCCUAUUUUCUACUAUCGUGGCAACGAGCUGAUGGCAGUGAGAGCUGGGCUUUACAAAGCUCACUACUGGACMUGGAGCAACUCCUGGGAGGAGCACAGCAAGGGCAUUGAUUUUUGUCCUGGCCAGAAUGUGUCUGGAGUGACAACACACACCCAGGAGGAGCACACGUACCUGCCCCUGCUGUUCCACCUGGGCAGGGAYCCUGGAGAGAAAUACCCUUUAAGUUUUGCCAGUGAGGAAUACCAGCGAGCCAUGGGGACAAUCUCAGCACUGCUGCAGCAGCACAAGGACACCCUGGUGCCAGGCCAGCCCCAGCUGAACGUGUGUGACCGGGCAGUCAUGAACUGGUCCCCUCCAGGCUGUGAGAAGCUUGGGAAGUGCCUGAAAGCUCCAGAGUCUGCUCCUCAGAAAUGCUCUUGGCCUCACUGAGACCCUCCAGAGGUACCCAGAGAGCCCAGAACAGCCCAGGACAUCCCAUUUGCAAAGCGUGUGUGCUCCCGUUGGCACUCCUGUUUACACAGGAAGGGUGUGAUGUGUGCAUGAUAUCAUCCCUUGCUCUUCCAAAAGGGCCAGUGUUUAUAUUGCUCGUGCUCAGGGUUUAGCCUCUACUCCUCUCUUCUUCCAGUUGUUUCCCUAAAUGGUAACUCCAGUGGGGAUUGUUUCAGCUCUGAAAGCUCUGGGCACAGCUCUUGGGUCACUUCUGCUCCUUCCCCCCAUCCUUCUCACUCGGGUGCCCCAAAAGGAGCCAUGGGACAGCUCAGGAAACUCAGAGCUGCCAGAGAGCCCUGCCCAAACUGCCCAUGUUUUGUUUGCCUGUAACUUGUUGUUUUAACAUUUGCUUUCCAUUGUGAACUCUGGACAUCAACUUGUUUUUGCUUUCUCCCUAAAUUGGUGAGCUCUGGGUGCAAACAGGGGAUCCCUCCUGUUCCCAAGGGGUUGGAUCUGGGGAGAGCACCCUGACCUCAUUCUGUGUGUAGCUGUGAACAUUCCCUGGGUUGUGGUUUAGGGUUCAGUAUUAGAUCAGUGUUACAGCCCCUGCCUGUGCCUGGAAAAGGCCAGAGUGCCAGGACAAGGGGCAAUGGAUUCCCACUGCCAGAGGGCAGGRUUAGAUGGGAYAGUGGGAAGGAAUUGUUCCUUGUAGGACUGGUGAGGCCCUGGCACAGGGUGCCCAGAGAAGCUGUGGCUGCCCCUGGAUCCCUGGCAGUGCCCAAGGCCAGGCUGGACAGGGCUUUGAGCACCCUGGGAACAGUGGAAGAUGUCAGAGUUGGAACUGGGUGAUUUUUAAGGUCCCUUCCAACCCAAACCAUUGCAGUAUUCUGUUGCCUCAUUGUUGGUGUGCAGGAGGCUCGUGAGGAGCUGGAGAUCAGGUCUUCAUGGCGGGGGUUUCUUUAAUUUCCAAAAGUCUGAAGCUGUUCCCAGUCACGUUUCCCAUCUCAUGCUCUGGGCCCAGCCCAGGGCAGGCUCAGAAAUGCCCCUUUACAUCAGCCCUUAACUCCUGACCCUGUUUGCAGCACAGCUCUCUGAGGAAUUCUCCUGGUGCAAACUCUCCCCAGCCUGGGCGUAGCUGUCCUUUAGCCAGAGUUCCUGGGGAGCACAGAGCCUUUGCUCUGUUCACAGGGCAGAUUCCUGCUCUGCUUGGAGCCUGCUCCACACCCUUCCCUGUCUGAUAAACCUGUCCUGAGCAAAGCCAGGGCUGCAGCUGGAAGGAGCCCUGGGCCUGUUUGGGUUCAGACUGAAAGGGGAAUUCAUGUCAGAUAUGGGGAAGGGAUUCCUCCCUGUGAGGGUGGGGAGGCCCUGGCACAGAGAAGCUGUGGSUGCCCCUGGAUCCCUGGGCAGAGCCUGGAGCACCCUGGAACAGUGGAAGGUGUCCCUGCCRUGRCWGGGGUGGCACUGGUUAAUCUUUCAGGUCCCUUCCCACCCAAACCAUSCCAUGAUUCCCCAUUAGCCCCAAGAGCGACCCUUGCACCCCUGCAGUGUUUCCCACAGCCCACACGCCCUGUCUGUGCUGCCUUAGGUCAAUCCAGGUGCUCUGUACCUGCAAACAGCUCAGCUUCCUCCCCAAGCAAAGCUUGGAGCUGCUGGAGAGCUCUGCUUCGGUGCCAGCAGUGCUCCCACCUGCUCUGAGCUCUGAGCUGCUGUUCCUGCCCUCCCUGUAAUCCCAAACACUCCCAUUCUCCCCAUUCCCACGGUUCAUGCUACCUGUACUCCCUCCCUUCCUGGUGAUUCCCAGCGUGUCUCACAGGCUGGAGAAUCCCAUGGGAUUGGAGCAAGGACAGCACUGAGUCAGCUCUGUUUCCCCUCCCAAAAUCCCAGCCAGCAUUUCACAGAUCCCUGCACAUCUGCAAGUGGCAUUUGUUUACAGCCCACAUUUCUUCGCUGCUUUAGGAUGUUCCCAGUUGUCCUUUGAGUGUGUCCUGGCACUUCCAGCUCAUCCAUAGCAUUGCUCCUUGUUUGGACACAGCUCCAGGCUCGGGAGAUGGGGCUGGCACUCCCUUGGAGGGGAGGGGAGGGCUGGGAGCAGCUCUGGGUGGGUCAGCACAGGACACCAGAUAAAACCAGUAACUCCCCAUGUGCUGGGGCUGCUCUGCCUCUGCUUUAGUGCUUCUCCAUGUCCAGAGAAGGGAAUGGAGCUGGGGAAGGGUCUGGAACCCCAGGAGAGGCUGAGGGAGCUUGGAAAGGGACUCAGGGGGGACCUUGUGGCUUUGCACAACUCCUGACAGGAGGGGGUCGGGCUCUGUUCCCAGAGAACAGGGACAGGAGGAGAAUUGUGCCAGGGGAGGUUUAAAUUGAGUAUUAGGGAGUUUUCCUCAUGGAAAGGGUGGUGGUGGAAGCCCCAUCCCUGGAAGUGUUGAAAACCAUGAGGGUGUGGCAUCGAGGGCAUGGUAGAGGUGACCAUGGUGGUGGCACUAAGCUGAGGGUUGAACUCGAUGAUCUCAAAGGUCUUUUCCAACCUUAAUGACUUUGAUUCCACAAUUGUGUGACCCAGAGCUGUCAGAGGAGCUGAUUUUGUGUUCACUGCAAAAAUCCCACCAGAGGAGGGAGUCCAGGCUGCAGCUGCCUGGAAAUCCUGUCAGCCCUCAAACCCAGUGAGGCACCGACACUUUGUGGGGUUUUGUGCUGCUGAGGAAGAGUUCCCACAGGAUCAGAGCUGAGCCCUGCCCAGCCCUGGGAGUGCUCUGGUUAUCUCCUCCUGUCCCCUGCCUGCUGCUUUCUCCUUUUCUCCUUUUCUCCUUUUCUCCUUUUCUCCUUUUCUCCUUUUCUCCUUUUCUCCUUUUCUCCUUUUCUCCUUUUCUCCUUCACAGCUGUGUUUUGGAAGCUGCUUUGCCCCCGGAAUCUGCUUGGGACAAACCACCCUGCCCUGAGCAGCCCCGGGGUUUUGUCACCCUCCCAGCACAGCAAACCCUCCUUUCUCCCUGCAAUAAUCUCAGGACACAGAUCCUGGAGGUCAGCUUGGCACUGGGAAACGAGUUCAUGGAGUGUCUGUUUAGAAUAAAAGGACACGGAGCAGAUAAUAAAUAAUCAGGGUUUAAUGUGACAAAGCUUCUGCUAGAAAUUUAAAUUAGAAGAGUAGUUUUACAGGUGGGAAAUAGGAGGAGUUUUAAAUCAAUGUCUGUCCUAAAAAUGUACAGAUUUCAAAGUUGUGAGGUGAAGAACUAAUGAAGAAAAAUAAAAUAAUUUCUCAGAAAAAUGCAGUCUGUGG